CUGCAAUCUUUUACGGGGCGAGCAGAGCUAUAUCCACUGAUAACCCAGCUGCCGAGGAACUGAGUAAAGCCGGCUCCAAACUUCUCAGCUGUUGACAGGCUUGACUUGCUGAGAACACUGGUUAAAUAUAGCACGCGCGAGCUCAGCUCCUCAACAAAGUCAUUGCUCCGACAGUGUUGUGAAGGGAGCAGAAGACGAGAAACCUAAUCUCAGAACCCAACAACACCUAGCAACAGUUGAAAAAACUUUUAAACAAAAGUCUGGGUGGGAGAUAGACAAGAGCCUCCAAUUCCUGCUGAUCGGGAUUUCAGGGAGAAGAAGCUGUGUUCCCCUUCCCUCUGCUCAGUUUCCUGCAUGACUUCAGCUGUUGGCUAGUCCUAGGAAAGAAAGUGGGAAAAGCUUUUUCCUCUGUAUUCUUUUGGGCUGGAUAGUUUUCCAAGACUCCAGUCUCCCUGGGGCUGUGGGACAAGCCACUAGGUUCUUCAAAGGAUAAACUACCUCCAUAAAGGACAUACCCUUGAUUAAACAAGCUGCCGUCAGGUGGGAAUGAGAUCCCGAAACCAGGGUGGUGAAAGUUCAUCCAAUGGGCGUAUCUCCUGCCCCAAGUCCUCUAUCAUUAGCAAUGCUGAUGAUAAAAGUCUCUCAGAAGAUGCAAAAAAGAACAAAUCAAAUAGAAAGGAGGAUGAUGUCAUGGCCUCAGGAACUGUCAAACGACACCUAAAACCAUCUGGAGAAAGUGAACGAAAAAAUAAGAAAUCCUUGGAGUUAUCCAAAGAAGACCUUAUACAGCUACUCAGUAUAAUGGAAGGAGAGUUGCAGGCCAGGGAAGAUGUGAUCCACAUGCUGAAGACAGAGAAAACCAAGCCCGAGGUUCUGGAGGCUCAUUACGGGUCUGCAGAGCCAGAGAAAGUGCUGCGAGUCCUGCACCGAGACGCCAUCCUAGCCCAGGAGAAGUCUAUAGGAGAAGAUGUCUAUGAGAAACCGAUUUCGGAGCUGGACAGACUUGAAGAGAAACAGAAGGAAACGUACCGGCGCAUGCUAGAGCAGCUGCUCCUGGCGGAGAAGUGUCACCGGCGCACGGUGUACGAGUUAGAGAGCGAGAAGCACAAGCACACUGACUACAUGAACAAGAGCGACGACUUCACCAACCUGCUGGAGCAGGAGCGGGAGAGGUUGAAAAAGCUCCUUGAACAAGAAAAGGCUUACCAAGCCCGAAAAGAAAAGGAAAAUGCUAAGCGGCUCAAUAAACUAAGAGAUGAGCUUGUGAAACUCAAAUCCUUUGCACUCAUGCUGGUGGAUGAAAGGCAAAUGCAUAUUGAGCAACUUGGCCUCCAGAGCCAGAAAGUACAGGAUCUUACUCAGAAACUGAGGGAAGAAGAAGAAAAGCUCAAAGCGAUCACUUCCAAAUCCAAAGAAGACAGGCAGAAACUGCUCAAGUUGGAAGUGGAUUUUGAACACAAGGCUUCUAGGUUUUCCCAAGAGCAUGAAGAGAUGAACGCGAAGUUGGCUAAUCAGGAGUCUCACAACAGGCAACUUAGGCUCAAGCUGGUUGGCUUAACUCAGAGAAUUGAGGAGCUGGAAGAGACCAACAAAAACCUCCAAAAGGCAGAGGAAGAACUUCAGGAAUUAAGAGAUAAAAUUGCCAAAGGGGAAUGUGGCAACUCCAGCCUGAUGGCAGAAGUGGAAAAUCUCCGGAAGCGUGUGCUUGAAAUGGAGGGUAAAGAUGAGGAGAUCACUAAAACUGAAUCCCAGUGCAGGGAAUUGCGGAAGAAGCUGCAAGAGGAGGAACACCACAGCCGGGAGCUCAAACUUGAAGUAGAGAAGUUACAGAAGAGAAUGUCUGAACUGGAGAAAUUGGAGGAGGCAUUCAGCAAGAGUAAAUCUGAGUGCAGCCAGCUACAUUUAAAUCUGGAGAAAGAGAAAAACUUAACCAAAGACCUGUUGAAUGAACUGGAGGUGGUCAAGAGUCGAGUUAAAGAACUGGAAUGUUCUGAAAGUCGAUUAGAAAAGGCUGAAUUAAGCCUAAAAGAUGAUCUGACAAAGUUGAAGUCAUUUACUGUGAUGCUGGUUGAUGAAAGGAAAAAUAUGAUGGAAAAAAUAAAGCAAGAGGAGAGAAAAGUAGAUGGACUCAAUAAAAAUUUUAAGGUGGAACAAGGAAAGGUUAUGGAUGUAACUGAAAAACUAAUUGAAGAAAGCAAGAAGCUUUUAAAACUGAAAUCUGAAAUGGAGGAAAAGGUAUACAAUUUGACAAAAGAAAGAGAUGAGUUAAUAGGUAAACUGAAAAGUGAAGAAGAAAAAUCCUCUGAAUUAAGCUGCAGCAUUGACUUAUUAAAGAAGAGACUUGAUGGGAUAGAGGAAGUGGAAAGAGAAAUAACAAGAGGAAGGUCUCGGAAAGGGUCUGAGCUCACCUGCCCAGAAGAUAACAAGAUUAAGGAACUAACACUGGAAAUUGAGAGACUGAAGAAACGCCUCCAACAGCUGGAGGUGGUUGAGGGGGAUUUGAUGAAGACAGAGGAUGAGUAUGAUCAGCUGGAGCAGAAAUUUAGAACUGAGCAGGACAAGGCCAAUUUCCUCUCUCAACAACUGGAGGAGAUAAAGCACCAGAUUGCCAAGAAUAAGGCAAUCGAGAAAGGAGAGGCGGUGAGUCAGGAAGCAGAACUGAGACACAGGUUUCGGUUAGAAGAAGCUAAAAGUCGAGACCUAAAAGCUGAAGUCCAAGCUCUUAAAGAGAAGAUCCAUGAACUGAUGAACAAAGAAGAUCAGCUUUCUCAACUCCAAGUGGAUUAUUCUGUCCUUCAACAAAGGUUUAUGGAAGAAGAAAAUAAGAACAAAAACAUGGGGCAGGAGGUCCUCAAUCUGACCAAAGAGUUGGAGCUUUCGAAGCGGUAUAGUCGAGCGCUCCGACCCAGUGUGAAUGGAAGAAGAAUGGUGGACAUUCCAGUGACGUCGACUGGAGUGCAGACGGAUGCCGUCAGCAGUGAGGCAGCAGAGGAAGAAACACCAGCGGUGUUCAUACGGAAAUCCUUUCAAGAAGAAAAUCAUAUCAUGAGCAAUCUUCGACAGGUGGGAUUGAAGAAACCUAUGGAACGAUCCUCGGUUCUAGACAGGUAUCCUCCAGCAGCAAAUGAGCUCACUAUGAGAAAGUCUUGGAUUCCAUGGAUGAGAAAAAGGGAAAAUGGGCCCCCAAUCACACAUGACAAAGGGCCUCGAACAAAUGCCAGUCCAGGGCACCCAGGAGAGCUGGUCCUUUCGCCAAAGCAAGGCCAGCCUCUGCAUAUUCGAGUGACACCAGACCACGAGAACAGUACUGCAACUUUGGAAAUAACCAGCCCGACAUCUGAAGAAUUUUUUUCUAGUACCACUGUCAUUCCUACCUUAGGGAAUCAGAAACCAAGGAUAACCAUUAUUCCAUCUCCGAAUGUUAUGUCUCAAAAACCAAAAAGUGCAGAUGGUACUCUUGGCACAGAACGAGCCAUGUCCCCAGUCACGAUUACUACGUUUUCUAGAGAGAAGACCCCAGAAGGCAGAAGAGGUAUGUUUGCAGACAGGCCCACAUCCCCCAUUCAGAUAAUGACAGUGUCUACAUCAGCAGCACCAGCUGAGAUGGGAGUCACUCCGGAAUCCCAGGAAAUGCCCAUGGGAAGGACUGUCCUCAAAGUCACCCCAGAAAAACAGACUGUUCCAACUCCACUACGGAAGUAUAACUCCAAUGCCAAUAUCAUAACCACAGAAGACAAUAAAAUUCAUAUUCAUUUAGGUUCUCAGUUUAAACGAUCCCCUGGGACUUCAGCUGAAGGAGUGAGUCCGGUUAUUACUGUCCGCCCUGUCACUGUGACAGCGGAAAAGGAGGUUUCCACUGGCACCGUCCUUCGCUCUCCUAGGAACCAUCUCUCGUCACGACCUGGCGCGAGCAAGGUGACGAGUACUAUCACCAUAACACCAGUCACAACUUCAUCUGCUCGAGGAACCCAGUCAGUGUCAGGACAAGACGGGUCAUCCCAGCGACCUACACCCACCCGCAUUCCUAUGUCAAAAGAAAGCAUCGUCAUUCACCAGUUACGUAUGAACUCCAGAUGAGAUGGUAAACCAAGCACAUACUGGGUGUGUGUACUUCCUCUGAACCCCUGUUGAAUGAGUAGUGUUUCUACAGUCCUCCAUCAUCACUAAGGUCCUCCAUGCUACUGAUCACUACUGGAAAUAAUUUUCUACUUCCAGUGAUUUUUUUUUUUUUUGAGGAUAUAAUAAUGUAAAAGUUGAAAGUGGCGUUGCUGAUAAUAUGGAAAAUAGGUAGCAAGAGCAAUUCAAUCUUCGUGUCAAAAUAAAUUUCCUUUUGCAAAGCUUUCAGGUCCAUGGGCACAUGCUAUGUAAUUUAUUUUUAUAAUACACUUUGUAAUGUGAUUUUUUUCCUGAAGUGUUUCCAUUUUCGUAGUCUCUGGCACAUGUAUCUGUAGAGCACACUGUCAGUUCUUCAGAGUAUCGGUACUGGUGCAUUCAAAAUGGCAGCCUAUCAUUAUUGUCUUUCAUCACUUUUAUAUUUCUGAAGGAAAAGAAAGUACAACACCCUAUAUAUUUCAGGGUAGGUUCAAGAGAUAAAACAGAAGCAGGAGAUUCUAGAAGAGGUUUUAUUAUUGCUUGUACAAUGCUGUGAUUCUGAUCAUGGUUCAACAGUAAUAAGUAACGUUGAUUUAAGAGUUUAAUUUUAAUUAUGUAAAGCCAGUUUUAAAAGUUGCCCUGUCUAGUGUUCUGUGCCAAAACCCCUGAUAAAUUGAAUUUCAUACGAAACAAAUUAAUAAAAGAAGUUAUAUACGUUUAACCAGUAAGAGUUAUGGGAAUAGCUCUGACUGAGAGUUCAAUUGUAUUUCUGUGUGCAUUAUUUGCUUAUAUGUAUGAGACUUAUAAUAAGGACUGUGAUAUCAAGAUAUUUCUCACAAUCUGUCCAAAUGAAAGCUCAAAAAAUAAAAACUGACCUAGGUAAUAUCUGCAUCUUUCAAAAAAAAUGGUAAGAAAUUCCAUGACAGAUAACAUUUGUUUUCCUUGAUAGGAUUUGGAUAGAUUUUCAAAAAGGCGUGUAGGUUGCAGAAUAUAUCCUCUAAAGAUAAAAGCAUAACAUGCAUUACUCAAAUCUCAAUGUCAGAGCUGCUGUUGAAUUUAGGUUUAUAUGAAAAUGUGCAUCUAAAGUUUACUUGAAACCCCAGUAAUACAGGUUUUUAAAAAGACUUUGCUAAUGUGCACAUGUUUUCAAUAAGGUCUUUAAAAAGAUAACUUUAAAGAUAAACGAAGAGUUGACGUAUCAGUUUCUGAAUGCAGAAAUCAUACAUGAUGGAACUUUACCGAGAUUAAAGAAAAUGCUUCUGAGUGUCACACGGGUAACUAAAAACCAUGCAAGUAACACUAUUGGCCCAUUUCUCCAGUUGACAGUUUGUUUCCAGGUUACAAAUGCAUAGAAGCGAGUCUACACUGAGUCUUUGAAAUAGAAAAAUUAAUUGGAUUUCCUCCCCUAUGUAAUUUUGGAAGGUUUUAAGUUAUACUUUGUGGAAUUAGCAAUCACAUUUGGUAGAUGUUAUAAAUAAUAUAACUAUUUUAUGGAAAAUUAGUUCGAUUUUUGUUAAGUAAAAGAAAUACAGUAGGCUUGUCCUAGCUUGAAUGAUUGUCAAUGUAUCACGUAUCCUUCAGGGCUUUUGAUUAAUGAUUAAGAAAAUUAGAGUGUGUAUGUGUGAAGAUUUAAAACAUUGUUGCUAUGAGUUUUGUUUUCUGAAAAUGUUUCUGAACCGUAAUGACAUUUUCAAGUAGAAAAAGGGUUUUUAUCUUAUCUUUUUUUGACACACAGUUAAGUUCCCUAUUUGCCAACUUUUAUACUUCUGAUGGCAAAAUAUUCUGAUAGAUCACAAAUUAGCAUUUGAAUCAAAUAGCUUUUUCUCAACUUGUGGGAAUUUCAUUACAUGAAUAGUGAAAAGGCUAGAGGAUAAGACUUCUUGACUUUAAGAUAUUGCAAGUGAUUUGUGUCUAUUUGGAUCUGUAGUUUUUAUUUCUCUUGAAUUUCUAAUGAAAUUUGGUACUUGCGACGCAGAGUAAGGACGGUGGUACAAUCUGAGUCACUUAGAUGGAUGCUGAGCCUUUUUCUGCUCGUGCUGGGAUUAAGUCCUCUGUUUGAACCCAAAUGGAAUCUGAGUGACAGAUGUGUAAAAUUAAUAAAGAAUAAAAAAGUAAUUGUUCUGAAAUAAAAGAAUAUUAAAAAUUAGCAGAAAGGAGAAAACACCAAAUAGUUUUAUCCUUAUCUAAUGAAUUAAACAAACAAGAUCAUAGACAGUCUUAUCCCACUAUCCACAUCCAACGGAGAAAACUGCCUCCAUGUGCAAUCCUGGCACCAUCCUAGACUCACAUGAUUUCUGUAUCUUUUAAGUAAAUCUCCAAUCAUCAAUAUGAAAGGGAAUCAGUUUUGAAUGGAAUAAUUAUAUUUUCUGAAAUGAUUCCAAUUUAAGGUACAACAAUUGAACUAAUCCAUUGUUUUACCUCUUUCUUUUUGAUAAGAGAGUAUUUUCUGAGGUAUCUUCUGCAGGGACUUUUUUCAAGCAUUUCAUAAAAUAUUAAGGUUUGAUGAAGAUAGUGGAUACAUUUUCCAGAUGUUAGAUCUUCACGAAAUGUGAAGAAUUAAUUGUCUCUUAGGGCAACCAUAAAAAAAAAAUUCAUGAUGUGAAGUAUCUAGCUUAAGCAUUAAAAAAGACACCAGCACUAUUGAAAUAAUUCACAUGUUCUAGAAAUCAGUGGCAGAGCAAGAGUAAAUGUUGGAUCAAACAAUGUAAUAUGUUUUUGUCCCUUCUCUUUAUGCUGUGGUUGAAUUUUCCUGGAAAUGAAUAAAAAACAUAGCAAAAGUUGGGCGUGUUCAUGAAUUUGAUGAGCAACGAUUCCAAAAAUAACAAAAAUGCAAAAUGGAAGUUAAAGAAAACACCACCACCACAAGUGGCACCUGAAGCAUGUAUCCCCCUUCAGACUCCAGUGCUAUCCCCCCGCUAAAAAUACUAAUUAGAAGGCAAAGAGGAAAAACAAUAAGAGCUAUUGUAAUAAAUUCAUAAAAAUUGGGAGAGUUUCAUGGAAUUAACUUUGCUUAGUGAACACUAUUAUUUUAUUGUCUUAGGUUUUCAGCAUUUACUCCAUAACUAUAUGAUAACAACUGUGUUUGUUACAUAGGGAAAAUGCAAAAUGCUGUAGAUUAGUAAGUUCGAAUAGAAAUGUUUAUUGGCGUCAUGAUAUAAUACACUUAUUUUUUGGUGUUUUUUUUCAUUUAUGUUAUUUGGGUAAUUUUACCUUAACAUUCACACAUUUCAUUAUUUUUAACAGUGCAGAUUGUAUUUAUUUAGAUUUUGUUUUAAAGACAUCGGAUGUCAGGUUCUCCAAAGUAAGAGGCUUACAGUGCGAUCAAGAUAUUCUUAAAAGUCUUGCAGUUGAACGGAUUUUCAAAAGCAAAAGAGUGCAUUGAAAAAUUUUGGAGUUACAUUGUAUUUUCACAGCAUUCUCAAUUUUGUCUCCUUUAAGUUUUAUUAAGUACAUGAAAAGUUAAUUAUUUUUCAUUACAGCCAAGUGAAUUUAUGGGUAUCUACUUGUCUUUUAUAUGAAUGUAAUAUCUUCCUUUCAGUUCUUCACAGGUUAUUGAAAUCAUUUAGCCAAUUAAGACAGUCUCUUUGUGUUAUUCCCAAAGUCAACCAUGUUUAUCAAAAUCUCACUACAGAGUGAGAAAAGUAACAAUUGUGAUAUAAAAACAUCGUGCAAUAUUCUUUUUUGAGUUGGAACAUAAUAUUCAUAAAAUUAAAAUCAUUUAAAAUGAGCCUUCAACCUUCACCUUUUUAUUUAAAAUCAUUUGCCUUUAGUUUUCACCUCUGCAUUUCCUAUUUUCUUAAAAAUAUGGCGUUUUUCACUGUGAAUAAGCAGCAAUGGUACAGCAGAUCUGCCAAAAUGAGAGACUUUCCCCGAGUUACAGCAUAGUCCGAUUCUUCAGUAGCAUGGACACUGCUAUGCACCAAGAGAUAGAGCUGGUUAUAGAGUGUCCCUCAGCCCUUUAUCUCCACCAAAUGCACUGUCAGUCGAUAUUCAGAUAGUACUUUACUGCUUUCUGCUGUCAGGCUAAAGGUAGGUUACUGAGCAGAACAAAGGCUCCCGAGGUUUUUGCCAGCAGGCCACAGCCCAGCUUCGAGAGAGCCUGCUGGGUAAUGCUUUCAGCAAAGUGGGAUGGGGGUGACCGUGGGACUAUUCUUUGACCCCUUUUAUUUAUCAGCUUUGUGCCAGAGUUGGUGGUCC